AUGCCCCCAACUCUCAAUGACGAAGAAGGCAGCCUACCCUCCGAGCAAACAGCACUCCUAGGCAGUGAGGGUGACAAUGCUGGCGGCACGAUUCUUGUGGCCCAAAGGGUGACUCCCCAGACAGCACGCCGGCUUUACCUUUCGCACUUUUUGUCUACGUGGAACUCCCGCAUGUUCGAGUUUGCCGCCGUGCUGUACCUAGCGACCAUUUUCCCGGCGACUUUGUUGCCAAUGUCGCUCUAUGCCCUCACCCGAGUAUUCCAAAGACUGGCCGUGUCGGCAUCCUGCGCCGUGUUCUAUGUUCUCUUCAUACGUCUGCCUUUCGGCGAUCAUGGCAGACUGGGACUUCUUGCCCUUCUCUCCGUGCUGGCGUGCGCCGAGAAGCUAUAUUCUAUUAUCAACAUGGUCUCUGUUGAGAAAGACUGGGUCGUGGUCCUUGCCAAAGGAAACACGGAGGCUCUCGCAACUCUGAAUGCACAAAUGCGUCGAAUCGACCUUUUUUGCAAAUUGCUGGCCCCUCUUUUCAUCGCUGUCAUUGAUGGAUUCUCGACAGAAAUCGCCAUUAUCGUCAACUUUGCUAUGAACAUGGCGUCGGUUGUGGUGGAAUACUACGCUAUUGCGAAGAUAUAUGAUGAGGAACCAGAGUUGCAGGAACGCAAGCCCAAACCUAAUGCCGAGCUUUCUCAGCUUAAUUCCAACCCAGAAAAUGCGGCACCAUCUGCAACAUCAGGACGGAAAGUGUGGCAGCUCUUGGGAGAGUUCGUUUCGGACUUCACGUUUUACUUUAGCCACCGCGCGUUCCUGCCCUCGUUCGUGGGCUCACUUCUUUAUCUCACGGUCCUCAGUUUUUCUGGUCAGAUGGUGACGUACCUUGUUGCGUCUGGCUAUACCACGACGUACAUCGGUGUGGCAAGGACAAUCGGCGUGGUCUUCGAGGUAUUGGCUACAUGGAUAGCACCUUGGCUUAUCGGAAAGAUUGGCCCACUGAGAGCAGGUCUCUGGUUGAGCAACUGUCAGGUCCUGCCGCUCAUCGGCGGGUUGUCAAUCUUUUGGGUGUUCACGCCGGACCCUCUGAUCUCAGCGACCAGUCUGGUCGUUGGAACCAUCAUCAGCCGACUUGGACUCCGAGGUUUUGACUUGUGUAUACAGAUCAUCGUCCAGGAGGAAGUGGAAGCCGAGAGCCGUGGUCGAUUCUCGACCAUCGAGGCAGCCUGGCAAAAUACAUUCGAGCUUCUCUCGUUUCUCUCGACGAUUGUGUUCUUUAGACCGGCACAGUUUAACUGGCCUGCCUUGAUCUCUGUGACGGCUGUUACCUCAGCGAGUCUUGCAUACACAGCGUACGUUGGUCGGAAAAGGGGCCAUUUGAUUCAUUACGAGAAGCUUGGUUUCUAG